AUGGAAAAGGCUAGAUGGGAGCUACAUAGUCAGCCUUUGCAAGGGAGCGUCGCCAAGAUUAAUUUUUGGAGUCCAAGUUUCUGUAAUUUUGAACCCAACUCCCAACCCUUUUGCUAUAAAUAUAUAGACGAAUUAGACAAGGAGUCCAGAUGGAUAGGUCUGAAGAACUGGAGCAGCACCCCUCUAGGGGAGGCAGGAAAAACCACGUGGAAGAAUCUGCAGGGUCAGUGGGAAAAAACUGAAGUCGUAACAGGUGGUGCAAAGAGAGGAAACGACUGGAGGAGUUUUAUAGCGGAGGUAUUCACCAAGAGCAUAGAAACCGCGACUAAAUAUAGAGAGAGUCAGGACUCAGGGCCAACUAUUUGGACCGAGGGCGAUUGGUAUAGGACGUUGGAAGGUCCCCAAGGCACAAGGGGUUAUAUAGGCACCACGUCGAACGGUCAGGAAUUUCUAGGAGUUUUCGCAUGUAUUCUGUUAACAAUCCUGAAAUUGAAGAGGAACCCGGAGUUACCGGACCAGAAUUAUCCGGACUAUUGUAGAGGAGUAAUCAACAGGAUGAAGAUUCCAGUAAACAAGUGGAACAGCUGGAUCCGGACGAAGCAGGGGAGUAUAAGAUAUGAAAGGCAACAAAAGUGUACCUCAUACAGGAUGGAUAACGAGUGCCCAGAGUACAAGUUCGCUCUUCUUCUUACAGUAAUACAGGGUUUAAUGAGGGUAUGUCCGAGCUGUGGUCCGUAUAGGCUUGAUUAUUGGUUGGACAAGGAGGGUUGGGUGACCGAAGGAGGGAAGACGCAGUAUUGUCAAUUAGAAAGCGGGCUGUUAACCUGUCCACUUAAUAGUAGUCCAGGUGAGAGGCCAACACGCGAUUUAAUGGUAGCAGUGUAUAAAGAACCAAACCCGAUGAGCAAUCCUAUAUCCAUCGGCUCGGCAAAGGGAUCAAGAGAAGAGAGCUCUACCGAGGCACUUUCCCCAGAAUUACAGCAAGUCGGGGCCAAAGGCCAGCUGCUGGUUGGUAGGAAUUUAGAGACCGGAGGGGGUGGGGGCCAAAAGCCGGGGGAGUCUUCUGAAACCCCCGAAGCCACUAGCAAGAAUGACAUGGUGUUAAACGUCUCUGGACCUCCAGCGGCCGACCACCAGCAACAGCAACAGGACGGUUCUCAUGAUAAGGCGGAAGAUGGGGUGACCUCAACGCCCUCAAUUGACAUCGAUGACCCAUCUUCCGGGCAGUCGGCUGAUUCCACAAAGGAGUCCUCCCAGGAAACCGAGGAAACAUCCAACCAGGUUCCAGAGACUGACACUAGACUUCACCUGUCAGACAAGGAGGAACCUGAGGCAGGUUCAACAGCCGUCGGUAGCAUAGCCGGCGGGGUCCUAGCCGUUAUGGUAUUGGGGGCAUUAGCUUCGUAUGGUUUUUGGAGAGUAUAUGGGCGUCCGAGAAAGAGGGGAAGGUUAAGGCGGGUCCCAACCCCCAGGGGGGUUUUUUAUGGGUCUGUCUGA